UCACACUAUGGCUGUGCACACCCUCCUCCUUCCAUGGUGACUCCAGUCCCUGCUCCUCCCAUGCUGCAGUGCCUGCCUGGGAAUCCCGGCCUGACCCACACUUUGUGCCCGGGACAUUUCAAAGCGUGUAAGGAGUGGAGCGUCCACCUGUAGCCCGCACCUGCUCCCCGCAGCCCGCACUCCCCUCCGCACACAGCUGGCAUCCAGCUUUUUCCUGAGAGACCUGUCUGAGGAGGCUUCCUCCUCCCUCCCGCCCUCACUGGCCUUCCUUCCUUCCGCAUUCAAGGGGCUUUCUAUUGCUCCCUAGGGAGAGAGUUUAACACUUUGCUGGGAAUACAGUAAAACUCCUCUAAACUUUUUGGGCCCCCUCUUCUGGCUCUUCCAGGUGUGAGGCACAGGCAUGAGCUGACAGCUGGAGUGGCCGCAGGCGCUGACACCUGUUGCUGGCUGAAGUGACACUUUGUAUCCUGUCUGCUACAAGUGGCCCUUCUGUGGAAAGAUGAAAGUCACGGUGUGCUUUGGGAAGACUGGGAUUGUAGUCCCCUGCAAGGAUGGCGAGAUCAGUGUGAGAGAAUUAAUCCAGCAGGCGGCCCAGAGAUACAUCAAAGCCAAGGAAAAAGUACCAGGAUACUGGGUGAAGAUUCAUCACUUAGAAUACAAAGAUGGAGGCAUAUUAGACCCUGAUGAUGUUGUUGCAGAUGUUGUUGAAGACAAAGACAAGCUGAUUGCCGUUUUUGAUGAACAGGAUGCAUCCAAUAGAACAGAUGAUGCAUCCUUUAUUACAGACCAUCUGAAUCCUGAUCCUUUUGAAACAGAGUUGUCCUCCAAACACCAGCCACUUCGAGGGGAAAUUGAAGUCACCCCCUCAGCACUAAAGCGUGGAACCCCUCUUCUGGUCAGGCGGAGUAGUGACCCUACAAUGGGACCUGUGGCAGAUUUUCAUCCAGGAUCCUCUCAUGAUGCUGAGCAGAAUCUAAAACUUGUCGUUCAGGGACGUGCAGUACUUACUGAAGACCAAAGAGAUCUCGCUUGGCAAGAAGAACAAAUUAAAUUAAAGAGGUCCAAAUACAUGAACAGUGAGUUGACAAGAAAAGUAGAAAUUUCAGGGGAUGAUGGACCACUGGGCAUUCAUGUCGUGCCUUUCUAUUCCUCUUUUAGUGGACGGGCCCUGGGCCUAUACAUACGUGGGAUAGAGGAAGACAGCAGAACUAAACGAGAUGGCAUUUUCCAUGAAAAUGAAUGCAUUGUGAAAAUUAACAAAGUUGAACUAUUAGACAAAUCAUUUACCCAGGCACAAGAUAUUUUCCGCCAAGCAAUGAAGUAUCCCAGUGUUUUAGUGGAGGUGGUCCCAUCUCAUAAUCGUGAACUGUAUGAGAAAGCCAACAUUUCUACUCUGUCAGUCUUGAACAAUUAUGAUGAUGAAGAUGAUGAAAUUCCUAACAUAAAGCCACCUCCUCCACCUGGUCAUGGGAAGUUAAAUGUAAAAAUGCGUGAGCAAAGUAAUGGCCCAGGAACUGCCCAGCCAAAACAAAUUGCAUUAGUUCCCGAUCUGACAAGUACUGUUGGUGCUUACUCCCCCCCGUCUUUGUCACCUCUGGGAUUUGGGAGCAAGAGAUAUGCCAAAAAGAUUAGAAUUGAUUUGAAAAAAGGUCCAGAUGGACUUGGAUUUACAGUUGUCACCAGAGACUCUACUGUACAUGGACCUGGUCCCAUAUUUGUAAAGAACAUUCUUCCCAAAGGAGCAGCCAUAAAGGAUGGACGACUCCAGUCUGGAGACCGGAUAAUAGAGGUCAAAGGACAGGCAAUAGCUGGCAAGACGCAAGAGGAGCUGGUGGCCAUGCUGAGGAGUACCAAACUAGGAGAGGCCGUUGCUCUAGUGGUGGCCCGGCAGGAGGAUUCUUUUCUGCCCCGUGAACUGAAAGAUGAAUCCGAAAAACAUGCAGUUUCACAAGAGAAAGUAGAACAGAUGACCUUCGAGAUCCCACUUAAUGAGACAGGAUCAGCUGGACUAGGUGUCAGCCUGAAAGGAAACAAGUCCAGAGACACCAGCACCGAUUUGGGGAUCUUUAUUAAAUCCAUCAUCCAUGGAGGAGCUGCCUUCAAGGAUGGACGUCUGAGAGUUAAUGAUCAGCUUGUGGCUGUGAAUGGGGAGAGCUUACUCGGCAAAUCCAAUCGAGAAGCUAUGGAAACAUUGCGGAGGUCCAUGUCUAUGGAGGGAAAUAUUCGAGGGAUGAUUCAGCUGGUUAUUUUACGUAAGCUGAAUAAGCAAACAGAGGAGCAUUCGGAGCCAGAACUUGUAUUAAGAACGAACCUAGAGAAUCAUAUCAUAGAACAUAAUGGCCUGCAAGACAAGAUGAAAGGUUCUGACGGAUUUGAUGUUGGGUCUUUGAAGAAAGAUCUUCCUCUUCCUUUAGCACAUCAUCCAGAGGAGAAUAUAUAUAUACACUCCAACUUUAGUUCCGGAAUGGAAAGUUCCCAACAGCCUGAUACCUACAAUAUGAAGACAUCAAAGAGCAUGGAUCUUGUGGCUGAUGAAAGCAAUAUUGCGUCAAUUAAUGGUCACAAGGAAGUUUCUCCUGGAAAAGAUCUUGGUCCACGGUUAGGUCUGAAAAAGUCAAGUUCACUUGAAAGUCUGCAGACUGCUGUGGCAGAAGUUAAGAAGAAUGAGCUUCCCUUCUAUAGACCUAGACCCAAUAUGGUCCGUGGCAGAGGGUGUAAUGAAAGCUUUCGGGCUGCAAUUGAUAAAUCCUAUGAUGGGCCAGAAAGUGAUGAUGAUGGCCUUUCUGAUGUGAGUUCCCACUCUGAUAGAGAAUAUCCUAGUGGUGAACCAGUCCCACUAGGAAAUCAGGAGCUGGAUGAUGCCGACAAAGCAAAGAAAGACAAGAAAAAGAAGGAUAAGAAAAAAGAAAAGGAAAAGGGCAAGUUAAAAGUGAAAGAUAAGAAGAAGAAAGAGGAAAGUGAAGAGCAGGAGAAAAAAGCCAAGAAAAAAGGUUUUGGAGCAAUGCUCAGGUUUGGGAAAAAGAAUAAAGAUGAUAAAGGAGGAAAAUUGGAUCAAAAAGGUAGCAUGAGACCUGCCACACUGAAAGAGGAAGAGCAUGAAGUGGAAAAGAUGAGAGAGGAACGUGAGAGUAUUAAUGCAAAACACCAAGAAAUAAGGGAAAAGCAGGCCAAAGUGUUAUGGAACUUUGGCGGAUCCCAUGAUAUUGAGGAUGACGACAUGGACCCUAAUUAUGCUAGAGUGAACCACUUUAAAGAGCCCCCGCCUCCGCAGCACAAUUCCCACAGGCCCUAUUCGCCUGCAAUGCCUGGGACUUACAGUUCCCCUAGAGACACUGUUUUCUGCUUCGAGAGGGAUCAAGUUCAAGACCUUUACGCUAAAGUAAACAAGAGGCAGCAGGCACCGGAUGCAGCUGACAGUGGCCACCCUACAUCUGGCAAUGUAGACCGUAUACAGCAGCUACGGAUGGAGUAUCAGCAGGCAAAACGGGAAGGCUUCUCCCUGUAUGAAAACGAGGAUGUGGCAGGACGGUUUGAACAGGGUUGGGUGCCUGCACGAGGUCCAAGUGGAUCCCGUAACCUGAGUUUUGAAGGAAUUGAGCGACAGUAUGCAUCAUUACCUAGACCUGGACCUGUGGAGCCUAUUGAGUACACGAAUAGUCCACGUGCGAUGUACAAAGACAGGGAACCACCUUACUACUAUGAUGUGGCAUCUCCAAGCGCCAAAGGUACCUAUCCCAGAUCCCACUCCCAUCAACAAGAGAACUACAGAUUCCCUCCAUAUCAUCCACCGUCAGCCAAGGGUCCUCUACGACAAGAUGUGCCACCUUCUCCACCUCAAGCAAACAGAUUACCAGGCUAUGGUACUGGAGGGAGGUUAGGGCAAGACCGGUACCAAUACAGAACCCAAGAUCCAAGACAGAAAAACCCCAUGACUGCAGCUGUAUAGACUGAACAGAAAUCAAUACAUUUAAAGAGAAUACCAAGACUUGACUGUCAUAACUCAUGUUAUGCUGCUGAAUAUACAAAUUCCAAAAUAUUUUAAUGGUACCCUACGGAUAGGUGAAGUGUCGCUGCAGCCUUCUGUACAGCAAUAACCAUUCCAGAAGUGCAUUAAGUUUAUAUGUUUUUCUAAAUAUAGAUCAUAACCACAUGUAUAGUUCUCAGUAUUUCAAUUUCCUGGAUAUGAAGGAAUUUUAGGUAGGUCUUUUACAUUUGGUUGUGUGGCAUUCACAGGUGGCCAUAACAUCUACGAUAAAGUAUCAGUAACUUCUGUAAUGACUACCAGUACUGUCUUGUGAUACAGGAAAAAGCAUCAUGUAUUAUAUAUUCUACAUUCCUGCCUGAUGCCCUAGUGACAGCAAUACUCCUAGAAGAAAUAGUUUAUUUUUUACAUUUAUAUUUUACAUUUUCCUGUUUUUUAUACUGUACUUGAUUCUUUGCUUCAAAUGUCUUCUCCCGAAGAAAGAGAUCUGCAUCGACACUUUAGUUUGUAAUUUGAAGUGUCCAUCAGUCAUUCUUAUUGUAGCAUAUUUCUGUUUGUAUACUUCUCUGAUUUUACAAUGGAACUCAAUAGACCACUAGUAUCUUCCUAUGUUUUCCAGUAAGCCAAUUGUAGGCUACCUCUGAGAUGUAGGACAAGAUUCACUGGAUCAUGAUUAGGGUUACACAAUCCUGACCCAACUGGAUUUUAUGCUGACCACUUUAUAUAGAUGAAUAAAUGAUUUUUAACUAGCUGAUGUUUGAUAAAAUACUAUACUUUUAUGUUGGAUUAUUUGUGUAUGGCCUUCCCCAGUGCAUACAUAUUGCAUGUAAAUCAUUUUAAGCACAAACAAAAUAGGAUAUUAAUAACUUGUCUGAAUUUAUGAGAACAUACUAUUUGGAACAGUUUAUUACUUAUAUGAAGGGAUUUUUAUUAACAAUAAACUGCUAUCUUUGAAGAGACGCUCCAGUAUAGUCCUUCUUUGACUUUUAUAUAAUAAUAGUAAUUUCAUUAAAUGCAGUUGUGCCACAAAACACAUUCUACAUUUUUCAA